CCCGGAUAUUCCUACCAUGCCGACCAUCUUAUUUUCGUCCUGACAGCCCUGCCUUUGCUUAUCUCGAUAAUCAUUAAAUUGCACCAGUAAACAUUUUCAUUUUGUAUCCUAGCUGAUAUAUUCUUCUGUAGUUUACUCUUGAGCUUCCACUUUACUAGUUUACCAUUCAUUUUGUUUUUGGUCUUAUGUUAAAAUUCUACCCCUCGUAUUUGACGCAAGGUAUUUGAAAUUCAUCAUUCAUUCUAUUCUGAUAUUCUUGACCGGUCUAGUCCGCUCUUCAGCUUGAAUAAUUGACCCACAUUAAACACCGAACUUCCCUUGUUUUUGGCGCCAAGUAAAGAUUCCUGAACAACAUGCCUCUCUGCAUCUUCCAUACCAACAUUUCUUCUGAUCGCAUCAAUGAUGAGAUUCAUUCAAAGCUGUCAAAGAUCAUUUCGGAGUUGACGGGGUCAAACGAAGCGUCCAUCACCGUCGAGCUCCGUACGGGCAAGAACAUGUGCAGGGCGGCUCAACCAGAAGCAGACUGGGGGUUCUUCGAGCUCCAUGCCAUUGGUGUUUCUGGAGAUCCAGACCUAAACCGGGAGCGCGCGGGCAAGCUCUUGACGUUCUGCGAGACCGAGAUAGGGUUACCUCAGACAAGUUGCUUUUUCAUGAUGCAUAACAAUGACCCGAAGCACAUUGGACUAGGUGACAACAAGUUGUGUGCUGAUAAACCCCACUUCAAGAACUACACACAUAUCGAGCUCUUCGAUAACAUGCGAUCAUAGCUCCUGAAUUGACAAGAGGCGGCGCCGCAAGGAAAGGGAGGGGGGGGCAUCUUUUUUUUUCAAGCAAUAAUGUAAUACCUCGAUCCGACUGUCAUGUGAUCCGUAACAAACGCCACAACUAUAACCCUUCGUUGCUGAUCGCGAUUUGAUUUUAAUACCUCGGUCACAUUUGCUCUUCGGUGGCCUUACAGCGUUUCGAAAACAGCCGUUUUAUUCAUUUUUAUUCAAACCACCUAUAUGUAGCUGGCACAAAAAAUGUUAAAACGGCUGUUUUCGACUCGCCAUAAGGCCGCCGUAGAGCAAAUGUGACCGAGGGAUAAGCGACAGUGGGAGUUAUAGGUAUAAAAUGAAAUCAUGGGGGAACGAGAAAAGGGUAAGAAGCUAGGUAGAGUAUUAGAAGAGAGGAAUGGGUCGUAGAUUAUUUCCAGACCUGCAUCUUUUGGUUUCAUUGGAAAAUAAUAACGGCACCUUCUCCAUGUGUAGCUCGCCUGUGUGAAAUAGAAGCCCUUCAAUGGUUGAUAUUCAUAGCAUUGAGGCUCAGAUCAUUUGUUAAUAUAUAUCUCGGAUGCUCGUUGCAUGAAAAUGUUGAAAUGAAAAAAGAAGAAACGGAUAAUUUGAAGAUAACAUCGAUCAGUUGAUUAUAAUGAGUUAGAAUUCUAUAUUGAAAAAUAUGAAAAGGAAUAUAAAACAUUCCUCUCAUUCCACAGAAUGUGUUGACAAAGAUUCGAUAAACUAGUUACCAUGGAAACCCAUCAUAAUGAUACAAUUUCUAUACAAGCUGGAUUACUAUGUGAACUUUCGUGUGUGUUUUUCUUUUAGAGGUUGAAAAGACUUUAAUCAAAUGUUUUGAAAAUUAUAACAUCAAUUAUGUUCAUUUUUAACCAGGAAAAUCAAUACUAAAAAGAAUACAUUGCUGUCUAUUUUGUAACAUUUUGUUUGAAAAUUACACAUUACCUAAUCCGUGCAUGUUGUUAAAGCAGGCUGUAGGAAGCAUGUUAAAUUAUGUAGAUGAAUUACUUUUUUUAAUGAGACAGGUCAAUGCUUUCUUUUAUUUUUUUUCAUUGAUUGUGCUAUAAAUAAACCAUCACCUCCCUUAGAUGAUAAAAGGUGAAAAGUACACUUAUUUAUAAGGUAUGGAGUAAAGAGGGUAUUCUCCCUUCGAUUUUUAAUGACACCAAACUCAUAAGGUGGGUUGUUCCUUUCUAUUUUGAUGUUGUUAUUCUCCUUUUUGUCUAAAUUGAUGAUGUAUUUUGUAUUAAAAAAGAAAUGUACAAGUGAAUGUGAAUGACAUAAAUACUGCAACUGA